AUGGUCUCCAAGGUUGUCAUCAUCGCCAGUGCAAGUCUGCUUGUCGCAGUUCUUGGAUUUCGAUCAGUAUUUUAUUGGAUUUGCUUGUUGACAACAUUCGUUUUUGGUUUUGUGAUUCAUCUUUGUAUUCACAAGUAUGAGUGGAUUAAAGCAUGUGAUAUACCACGAACAAUUAAAACUUCGUUCAAAAAAAGAAAAUUAGUUACACAUAUUGAGAGUGAUAACAGCGAGUCAUCAGCGCAUCUAAAUGACCGUGCAACGCUAACAGGCAUACCUGUUAUUGACGAACCACUUUAUGACGCUAUUGAUUUGUUUAUUCGAGACUAUGUUGAGACUUGGUACAAAACUGGAAUUAGUUCGGAUCAAGCCUUUAUAAAUGAUUUUAAGAAUGGAAUUUAUAGUACAAUUCGACAUUUAGCUGAAAGAUUACGUGAAAUUGAUUGGUUAGAUUUCUGUACGGGAACUGUUGUCGAUAGUUUUGCCACCCAUGUUCGCUUAUAUCGCAAUGCUAAGGAACGUAUGCGAAAGGAACGCGCAACUGAUGUUAGUGCGUAUUUUUUCGAUUCGGAGGCUGAAUACGAACAAGGAAUCUGUCGAGAUGAAGUCUGUAUGGAUAAAGAUAAAGAAAAAGACUUUCUCCGUGACAUUGUCGAAGUGUUAAUCUAUAUUCUGUUACCUGCAAAUGAAUUUCGUUGUGUUCCAGCUCGAAUAUUAAUCCGAGAAGUUGUCAUUAACUUGGGACUUAUUCCUUUUAUCGAUAUGUACUCAGAUCCAGAUGCGAUAAAUCAACUGAUUAUCAAAAUGUGUCAACAAAUUCCGUUAACCAUUGAUAAUUUUCUUUUGGUUGCUCGGACGACCGAUUCUCGCGCAGAAUUAGCGUCAUUAAAAGAACGAAUCGAUAUCGAAAUCAGUCGAUGGCGUUCGAAAGAUACUGGUGGAGAUAAUGACGCGGAUAUUCGUGCAACAUUGAACAGUUAUCAAUAUUUAAAAAAAUUACUCACAGAAAGAUUGGAUAAGCACGCAUCGAUUGCAUCAUACGAUGAUGACGAACUCUUGCAGAAAGUUCCUUAUCACGAUUUGCCGUUAACUGAAAUCUUGAAUAAUUGUAAUGGUUUAGAUUACUUUCUAAAGUUUCUUCAAUCAAUUGAUGCAAUUGGCUACGGAAAUUUCUAUCUUAAUGCUGAAGCAUUUCGUUGUGCUGGGUUAUCGGUACAACAACAGCAAAAUGAAAGCACAACUCAUAAACCAACUUCGUCAAAUUUAGAAAGUCUUCGAAGUAUGGCUCGUGAUCUCAUCGAACAAUAUUUUCUUCCGACAGGAACGUUUAAACUACCCAUGGACGAACAUCUGAUCGAAAAAACAUUGAAAGCAUUGAAUAUGGAAGUGAUCAAUGAAACAUUUCUUGAUGAAUUACAAUCGAAAGUGUUUGAAAUUCUCUCUUCGGAUCGAUAUUAUGGACAAUUUAAAACUACACCUCAAUAUUUAAAAGUUUUAAGUGAAUUCGAUUUUAAUGAUUCAUUAACUGAUAAUUCCGACACUGUAUCCAUAUCCAGUAAUAAUAGCAAUGAAAUCUCAGGUGAUUUUACCGAUCAUCAUUACCAACAACAACCAAGUCCGACAAGUCACGUACCGGACAUCUUGGACAAUAUUAAUAACUAUUCCAUUAACGCGGAAAUCGUUGACUCCGGUGUAUGCAGUGAAAAAGGUGAAAAAUAUGCAAUCUAUGUCAUCGCUGUCUCAUGUACACCUUUGAUUUCUCAUGGAAAUCAUUCCGAUAAUCAGAAACGUGAAUGGAACACCUAUCGUCGAUAUAGUGAAUUCAAUGAUUUCGAUAUAACAAUCCGAAAACGUUACCCAGAUCUACGAAAUCACGUUCGUUUACCAAAUAAAAGCUUUAUGCAUAGUACAACUGCUGAAGUUCGAGAAAAACGACAAAAAGAAUUGAAUGACUACCUUUCUGCUUUAACCCAAACUCGAGUAUUAUUAUCUCAUCCAUAUCUUAGUGAACUUCUUUUGAAAUUCCUUCGCAAUCAACAAUGGAAACACGAACAAACAGAAUUAGUUCGCAAGGAUCUCCUUGCAUCCACGAUGGACACGUUUGUUAAACCGUUCAAACAAGCAUCGAUGGAUCUCGCCAGAGGUGUUUCAUCGUUUCCCGGUAAUGUUGCUCGAGGUGUGUCGAAGAUUGGCGAUGGUUUGACAAGUAUUUCGGAUGGAGUCGUGGAAAACGCCGGCAAAAUCUUUCGAACGAAUUCAAAUAGUAAUCAUAACAAUAGUCCCAAUAAUAAUCGUUAUAGCGUGCAAAUUACAAGAGAUCUGCAAAGUUUUCCGAUUGUAGAAGAACCUCAAGUUGAAAAUAGUAAAAAUAUUCCUCUUCGUGUGUUACUUGUGAUUAUGGAUGAAGUAUUUGAUCUGAAACAGAAAAAUUUAUGGUUUCGUUCGAGAUUCGUCUCGAUAUUAAAACGCUUUCUGCGUGCAUUUAUGGGCGAUUCAGUCAAUCGACGAAUCGCUGUUUUUGUUCAACACUGGACAUCAGCACCAAAGAUUGCCAAAGAAAUCAUACGGAUGAAAGAUGAUUAUUGGCCCAAUGGUAUUCUAGCCGAUAAAGCUCCUGAACGCGAUGCCAACGUUCGUAAUAUUACUCAAGUGCUAUGCAAAGCCAAACUGCUUGGCAUCGUUUCCGAUGAACUCCGUCAUAUUAUUGGCAGUGAAACAACUCGUCAAGGUCUAUUACGUCUAUUCGAAUUAUUACAAAAUGAAACGCUCAAUCGUCGAUUUGUAUAUAUUGUCAUCGAAGCGUUGUUGAUCAAACUAUUUCGACCUAAUGAUCUCCACUUAAUCUUCGAAAAACUUUAUUCUCAAUCCGCACGUGUGAAAGAAGAAUAUCGACGAAGAAUUUUCGAUAAAGAAUGCCAUCACAAUGGAUUUCCUUCAACUCAACAUCAUUUAAACGAACCAAACAUGCGUCCGUAUUAUUUCAAUCGUUUGUCUAUUCGAAGUGAUGACAGUUCGACAAAUUCACUACGCUCAACUCUCAGUCAACCGCAACAAAGAAGUCUGCCGCGAAGUUUGUUGAAAGUCUCGCGCUGA